GCACCUCAUUGGUUGUUUCAAACCGAGGCUAGCUCAGACCAACAUGGCUGCGCUGGUGGAAGGACACGAUUAUGGUCUCAUCUCAAACGAAACUUCCAUCGACCAAAAAACUGUGAUUCAUGUCAAAUUAACCGAUUCAGCAUUAAGAGCUAUAGAAGAAUUUCUCAAAAUCAAAGUAGGAACCAAUAGAAGACCAACCAUUCAAUUCAAUGGCAAAAAAGGAGUGCUACAAUUUCCAUGCAGAUCAACAUCAGAAGAUCCAAAACCAGUCAACUCAUUCCAUUUCUUUAUAUCUGAAACUCCCAAAGAUCCAAAUGGAAGCUUUGACUGCAUUGAACAAUCCAAUUUGAAAAAUAAAGGUAAAUUGGAGAAACUAGCAGGUAGUAUGCAGUAUAAAAUGGGUAUUCGAGCCACUGAUGAUGUUUAUAAAGCAACUCGUGAACGAAUGACCAUUGCUGAAGAAGAAAAUAAAAAAAUAUGUGCCAAAGAAAUCAAACCAAGUGGUCGUCACAUCAGUAAAAAAGUGAAAAAAGUGUUGCCAAAUACCAGUGUCAGUACCCAAAAAGUGCAAGCUGCAAAACCAUCAUGUGCUGUUAGACCAGUACAGAAACCUAGUAGCAAUCAUAGUGUCUCGAAUUCAUCCAAUCAUAGACUCUCUGGUUCAAAUGUAACCAAUGGGAGUUCAUCUCAUUCCCCAAAUAGACCUUCUAGUUUAACUCACUCACCGCCCAGUGCGAAUACAUCUUCAAAUGUGUCAUCUGGAGCAAAACCAAGUCAAACAUCCAAUGCUGCUAACUCCAAAGUGAAUUCAGCUGUAAUGGCGUUACCUUACAGAGAUAGGAUAAUCCAUUUAUUAGCUGUUCGACCUUACAAAAAACCUGAAUUAUAUCUUCGAUUACAGAAAGAUGGAAUUAAGGAUAAAGAUAAAAAUUCAUUGGGCCAUGUUUUACAACAAGUGGGAGUUAUGAAUAAAGACCAAAGUUAUAGUUUAGCUAAACAUGUGUAUAUGGAUGUACGACAAGAUUGGCCCCAUUAUACUCAGUUAGAUAAACAAUUGUUGAAAAGAAAUUUACAGACAAUUCAACAAGGUGAAAAUCGAAGUGCCUCCAAUUCUCCAGCCCCAUCUCCUGCUAGUGUAACCAGUAAUCCAGAAAGUCCUACAUCAUCGCAGAAACGUCAAAAUGAAGAUAAUGUGGAGGGGCAGCAACCCAACAAAAAGAUCCGUAUUUCACAUCAUAAGAAGAAGAAAGGAGAUCGUGAGGAGUUGAAGCCUAUUAAUGGCAUCAAUAAUGUUGUUAGUGUACCUAAACCAGAUAAAGUUUCCCCUGAUUCUACUUCUGACACUAAACUAGAUGAUAAUGCCAAUCAAGUAGCUGCUGAUUCCCUUCCUAAAUAUCUUGGUUCAUAUACUAAUAUUACCAACACUGACCAAAGAUUGCAAUAUAAAAAAGAUUUCAAUACCCAAUAUGAAGAGUAUAAACAACUAUAUUCCAAAAUAGAGUCUGUGGUUGCUAAAUUUGAGGAGAUGAAAUCACAAAUGAAGUUAAGACAGCAGGGGACCAAGGAUUUUGAGGAACUAAAGAAUAGAAUAGUAAAGGAGUAUGAAGCUCAGAAAACAGAUCCUAAAUAUGUUGAACAAAAGAAACGCUAUGACUACCUGCAUAAGAAAUUAGGCCAUAUUAAACGCCUUAUUAUUGAAUAUGACAAUGCCCAGUCGGUUUGUAGCUAG